GCGGGGAUUACAGGGCGGUGCCCGGUCUGCUGAGGAUGAAAAUGGCGCCUUGAGGGGGGUCCGUACCGCUGCCGAUUCCUUUCUAGCAGAUUUAGAGACAGUAUGGCUGCCACUGCUGCAGUUAGCCCCAGUGAUUACUUACAGCCUGCUGCUUCAGCAGCUCAGGAUUCUCAGCCAUCUCCAUUAGCCCUACUUGCAGCCACAUGUAGCAAAAUUGGUCCUCCAGCUGUAGAAGCAGCAAUUACUUCUCCUGCUCCUCCUCAGCCUACUCCUCGGAAAUUGGUUCCUAUUAAACCUGCUCCACUCCCAUUAAGUUCUAAUAAGAACAGCAUUGGAAUCCUAUCAUCAAAAGGAAAUCUGUUUCAAAUCCAAGGUUCCCAAUUGGGGACAUCAUAUCCUGGUGGACAGCUAGUAUUUACAAUCCAGAACCCAACUGUAAUCAGCAAAGGAACCCGUUCUCCUGCCAAUAUCCAGUAUCAGACAGUACCACAGAUCCAAACAGCAUCAGGACAGACGAUUCAGGUGCAGCAAAAUUUGGGCAAUCAAAUACAGAUUAUUCCCAGCAAUAUCACCCCUUCUUCCUCCUCAUCAUCAUCGUCCUCUUCUUCAGCUCAUAAGCCUGUGCCAAUAAAGCCAGCUCCAGCUCAUAAGUCAUCAGCAUCCAGUCUCCACAACACAAGUAGUGUUGUCAAGUUAACUGGCACCAGUGGCAAUGUUACACUUACUCUUCCAGUGAGCAAUCUUGUAACUGCUGGGGAGACUAGUUCUCAAACUCAAGUUGUGCCCGACAGCCCCUCCAAACCAAGCAGAAAAUCCCGAAAGAAAAUGGUGUCACAAGCUCAGACAACUGCAAUGGCUAUGGCAGAGCAAGUGGAAACAGUCUUAAUAGAGACUACAGCUGACAACAUCAUCCAGGCAGGGAACAAUCUGUUGAUUGUGCAGAGUCCUGGGUCUGGGCAGCCAGCUGUGGUCCAGCAGGUGCAAGUAGUUCAGCCCAAACAAGAGCAACAAGUAGUUCAGAUACCACAGCAAGCCCUACGGGUAGUCCAAGCAGCCUCAGCCACACUCCCUACAGUUCCCCAAAAGUCCCAACAAAACUUCCAGAUCCAGACAACGGAGCCAGUUCCCACUCAGGUCUAUUUUAAGACGCCUUCUGGUGAGCUACAGACAAUACUACUCCAAGACGCCUCAGGAGGGGGCCUAACUAUGGCCCCUCCCCCUGCGGUCUCCUCAGCCACAACCUGCAGCAGCCCUGUACCCCGCAGUUCCCAGUCAGGGGGGAGUACCAAAAAGACGGGGGCUCGUAAAGAGCGUGCUCUGCCAAAGAUUGCCCCUGCUGGAGGCAUCAUCAGCCUCAAUGCUGCCCAGCUCGCUGCGGCUGCCCAGGCAAUGCAAACUAUCAGCAUCAAUGGUGUGCAGGUUCAAGGUGUUCCUGUUACCAUCACCAAUACCGGAGGCCAACAGCAGUUAACAGUACAGAAUGUUUCAGGCAACAAUCUAACCAUCAGUGGCCUGAACCCUACCCAAAUCCAAUUGCAAAUGGAACAAGCACUCUUGGGGGACCUGCAGCCUGGAGAAAAAAGACGGCGGAUGGCUUGUACCUGUCCGAAUUGCAAGGAUGGGGAAAAAAGGUUGGGAGAUCAAGGGAAGAAGAGGCACAUCUGCCAUGUGCCUGAAUGUGGAAAGACCUUCCGCAAGACUUCCCUUCUGCGGGCCCACGUACGUCUACACACAGGCGAGAGGCCUUUUGUCUGCAACUGGGUCUUUUGUGGAAAAAGAUUUACACGCAGUGAUGAACUACAACGGCAUGCCAGAACGCACACAGGUGACAAACGUUUUGAGUGUGCCCAGUGCCAAAAGCGCUUCAUUAGGAGUGAUCAUCUGACAAAGCAUUAUAAAACCCACUUGGUCACCAAGAACUUGUAGGUUGGGAUGCAAGCAGGAAAAGUAAGGAAGCGGAAUGGUGAUGAGCAACUUUUCACCCCUCAUCAUGAAAGAUGGUCUCUGCAAAGGACAGGAAAAAAACCACCCAAAUAAUUGUCCUGACUAUGUGACAGCUUUUCCAGCCACAUCUGCCCAAGGAAAAAUAGAAUGGCUGCUGCUGCUUCAAUCAGACUGCCUUCAGACUGGCAUACUCCUUUGGAACUUCUUGAUGAAUGCAUCAAACUUCAAAGCUUGAACCUGAGAUGGGGGAGCAAUGCCAUUUCCAAAUAUGCUCAAAUCAGCCAGCACAAGCCCAGUGGCAGACCUGGAAAAGCAAGGCAAAACCCAUUUAUGCACCUUCCUCAGGAGCUUGCAGAGCCAGGGCCCUCCUCUGCUGCACCAAAGGAACUUCUUAUGGGUUUGAGAGUAGCACCAGCGAAACUGUACCCCACUUGUAAUUGGGUUCCUCUUCCCAUUCACUCCCAUGUGCUUGUGAAGCUUUUGAAUGAGAGGCAGGGAAACCAUCCAAAAUGGGACUCAGUCCCCCUAGCACAUUCCUACUUUAUAUUUAAAAAUAUAAAUAUAUAUAAAUAUAUAUAUCUCUAUAUAUAUACACAUAUAAAAUAACCUCCUUAGGAAGCUUCAUGUCUUUUCUACGGAGAAUGUUGCCUUAUAUUUUACCCCAGGUUCAAAUUAUGUAUUGUGAGCAUUUUUUAAUUUAAUGAUUUCUUUAUAAACAAAACAAUCCUUUGCCUAACAGUGCUGGCAAAGGCUAAAGUCCCUGUCAAAAUGCAGAGUCUGUGAUCUGAUCAUGGUCUAUAAACUAGAUAUGCCCUGUAUUUCGAACAGGGAUUUCUAGGGUAUGUGUAGCAGCAGCAGCAGCAGCACUUUGUUCAAGGAAGAAAGGGGAUCUCCCAUGUAUAUAUGAAGCAGAUCUAUGGGACUGUGGCCCACAAGCUCUGGUGUAGAUAGUAAAAAGUGCAGGCAAAAGCUAUGUAUGAGCCAUAUGGAAAAUCUAGGGCAAUCUGUUUGCUAUUCUGCAUUGCUUGGUUACAUAAAUAGAGUUAAAAGUCCAGUGCAUAUUUGCACUGUCAAGCUCUAUUAGAUAUUAUUAAUGAUUUGGCAGGUGAAAUGAAAAAAUACUUUUCAACAAUAGAAUAGUCUGUUUUUCCCUUUUUUUAUUUUGUUUACUUCACUGGAUUCCCCCUGCCUCUUUUUUUAAAUAUCCAAUGCAGCUCUUUUCGUGUACUAUAGUGUAUAUUGUAUCAUAAGCUAUAUAUUGCGUUUUAAGUGUUCAUUUGUUUUAAAAAUAUACCAUUUGUUAUUUUUGACCUUUUAAAUUAAAACGAAAAUCCAUUUUAUUUUUUAGUUGUAACUGCUUGACGUAUGUUUCUUUAAGAGACAAAUCAUUCUUGUUUUCAAUUAAUGGUGUAACUUGGCAGAGCUGCAUGUAGCUCGCCUAAAAGGGAGUGCUAGGCUGGGGGAGAACCAUGCAUUUCUUGAUGAACUGAAAUGUUAGAUUCUCACACUGAACCAUUAUUUGGGAACAAAAGAUUAUUUUUCUUAAGAGGAAAGAAUGGAAAAAUGGGUUGUUUAGGUGGCUUGUUGACAAUAAAAAUGUAAGAGAGAGGUAUUUUUACUCCUUAAGGACUGCUCAAAGGUGUUUUCAUGCUCCGAUUGUUUUGUCAUGCAGAUAUAAAAAGUUGGUCAGAAUGUUUUGAUUUUAUUAUGUCUCUUUCAUUAUCCUCUCCUUCCAUAAAGAAGUAACAACUUUCAAAAAUACACUUGCAAACUUUG